AUGGAGAGAGCGAACAUGUCAAAAACCGUUGGCGAUGAGAACGCUGCCGACAAUCAGGAAGCUGCUAGCCAGCCGAAUGCACAUCUCGAAGCUUACUCGCAGUUCACGGUGGGCCAGAAGCGAGGCAUUGUUGCGAUGGGCUCUUUGGCUAGCUUUUUCUCCCCUUUGUCGUCAAGCAUUUACUUGCCCGCACUGACCACUAUUGCGCAUGCAUUACACAUCUCCACUUCUCAGAUUAUGCAGGGUGUGGCACCCAUGCUCAUCGCUGGCUUCUCUGAUACAGCUGGCCGUCGUCCUGCCUACAUUAUCUGCUUCACCGUCUACCUCGCCGCGAACCUCGGUCUGGCUCUCCAGAAUAGCUAUGCUGCCCUUCUUGUUCUUCGAUGCCUGCAAAGUGCUGGCAGCAGUGGAACUGUGGCAAUGGCAAACGGUUUGGUAGGAGACAUGAUCACAUCCUCUGAGCGUGGUUCAUAUAUCGCCUUUGCUUCAAUCGGAAGUAUGCUGGGACCAUCGCUUUCCCCAAUCAUCGGUGGUCUUCUCAGUCAAUACACAGAUUGGCAUUGGAUUUUCUGGUUUCUCCUUAUCUUCGGUGGAGUCUUCUUCCUUCUAUUCGGUCUCUUUCUACCUGAGACCUGUCGGAAGGUCGUUGGAGAUGGCUCCAUUCCACCGCCUCCAUUGAACAACUCCCUCUCAGAUGUGAUUCGGCAUCGAAAGCGUAAGGAGAAUGGUCUCGUGCCUGACCCGGACAAAGAAGCCGAGGUGCGGAGGAAUUACUCUCUUCGAUUCCCGUCUCCCCUUCCAACUAUGAAGGUUGUCCUGGAUAUCGAAACUUCGGUGAUUCUUCUCACGACAGGGCUGUUGUUUGCCGGUUUCUACGCCGUCAUGACCGGAGCCUCAACCUCAUUCCACCAAAUCUAUCACUUCAGCGACAUUAAGGCAUCAUUGAUGUACCUUCCCAUCGGCGGAGGUGGUAUCUUAUCGGCAUUCACAACUGGAAAGAUAGUCGACUGGAACUACCGACGACAUGCAAAGAAAGCAGGUCUCUCCGUUGUGAAGAAUGUCCGUGCAGACAUCAGCAACUUCAACAUCGAAAGAGCAAGACUGGAAGUCGCUUUGCCGCUAUAUUACAUCAGUAACCUGGGAAUACUGGCAUACGGUUGGGUGCUUGAUCAUAAAGUCAACCUGGCAGGCCCCGUCAUUCUCCUUUUCAUCAUAGGAUGGGCAAUAAUCGGCACGAGUCAAGUGCUGAAUGCACUGAUGAUUGAUCUUUGGCCUGGGAAGUCUGCAACUGCAACUGCGGCCAACAAUCUGUUCCGUUGUGAGCUCGGUGCGGCAGCUUCGGCUGCGAUCAGCCCUAUGGUUUCUGCGAUGGGAAAUGGCUGGACAUACACCACUCUAGCGCUCAUUUCUAUCGCCAUUUCUCCUUGCUUGUGGUUUACUGUGCAUUACGGAAUCAAGUGGCGGCAGAAGAGAACGCGAAAGAAGGAAAAGAAGCUGUCUCGUGACCAGGGCUAG